GGGUUGGGUUGAACUGGCUGGCGGGCUUUGCGGGGCGGUGAUGAGUUUCUCGUCCUUUCCUGGGCUGGGGCUCCCCUUAAAAUAGCGCAGUCCUUGCAAUGCUGCACCCCUUUUCCCCUUUGCAAUGCGGUGGGGAGCCCCUGCACCAGCUCUUGAGGUCUGCAAACCGGGGAGUGUGGAAUCCCAUCUUCCCCAGCCGGGUGGGGCGCGUCCCAGUUAAGAGUUGGGCGUGGGGAAGGCGGGUGGUCGCAUCCACUGAAAAUUCAGGGGGUUCCUGAGCUCCGAAUGGUUGCUAUCCAGUGUAGGACGGGGUCCUUCUGGUGGGGGGCUCAGCUGGCAGAAUUGCACCCUUUUCCGCGUUUGGGAUCCCGGUUAAGCCUCCAUCAUGUUUGGCUCCUCCCGAGGUGGCGUGAGAGGAGGGCAGGACCAGUUCAAAUGGGAAGAUGUGAAGACAGACAAACAACGUGAAAACUAUCUCGGGAACUCCUUGAUGGCCCCGGUGGGCCGUUGGCAGAAGGGCAAGGACCUCACCUGGUACGCCAAGGAGAAGAAAGGCGAGGCAUCUAUGUCCAGCAAAGAGGAGCUGAGCGCCAUCCGGCAAGCGGAAGAAGAAGCUAUGAUGGCAGCUCUAGGUUACAAGAACGUGAAAAAGCAGCCGACGGGAUUGAGUAAAGAGGAGCUGGCCGAAGUCUGCAAACGCAACGAAGGAGAAGCUGAUGAGAAGAGUGUGGAUCGCCUCAUGGGGUUGGGCAGCUCGCGAAAUGCUGGCGGGAGAAUGGUGUUUUCCAAGGAAGAUAAAGAAGCUGCCAAGCUGGGCCUAUCCGUGUUUACGCAUCAACCAGUGGCAAAGUCUGCCAAACCCUCAACUCCUCCGACGAAGCUAGAUGAGGAAAGCAAGGCGCUGGAGAGCAAGGCCGCCAAGAAGUCGAAAAAAGCGAAGGACAAAAAGAAGAAGAAGAAAAAGAAGAAGGAGAAAAAGAAACAGAAGAAAGACAGAAAAGUAAAGGAGAAGGAGAAAGAAAAAGAGAAGGAGAAAGAGAAAGAGAAGGAGAGAGAGAAGGAGAAAGAGAGGGAGAAAGAGAAAGAGAGAGAGAAGGAGAAAGAGAAAGAGAAGGAGAGAGAGAAGGAGAAAGAGAAAGAGCAGGAGAAAGAGAAAGAGAAGGAGAGAGAGAAGGAGAGAGAGAAGGAGAAAGAGAAAGAGAAAGAGAAGGAGAGAGAGAAGGAGAAAGAGAAAGAGAAGGAGAAAGAGAAAGAGAAAGACCAGAAGAAGAGAAAGUCUUCGUCAUCAAACAACCCUACUCCGGAUAAUGAGAAAAGGAAAAAGAAACCACCUCUGGAUCCUAGCCAGCAUGAUAGACCAUCGUCCCCGGACCAAGAAGCACACCAAUCCUCCGACCAGUAUUAUCACGAAAGAGCUGCGACGCCUCCCUCCAAGCCAAAAAAGAACGCCCACCGACACCGAAGUUAUAAAAAGAGCUCAGUUCCCAGAGAAGACAAAACUUCAGAGUCCCGGAAACGGACAAGGGAUGAAUCCGUACAAUACCUCCCAGCCAAAAAGAGGCAUGAUACGGAUUCAGACAACUGACUUUGUCCUUUAAAACAAACCCAGAUCUACCCAUCAUGUCAUUACUUUGACCGUUAAGCGGAAACAGAUUCUGGUUUGGUGCAAAAUUAUGCAUCCUUUUUCUAGAUGGGACGUUGAUUUCCCCGGUUCCCCCCCCCCAAUCCAUCGCUGCUCUCGAAAAUUAUUAUUAUUAUUAUUUUUUUCCCAAAAGGACCUAAAAUUUAGCCAUGCUAACCUGGUCAGAGCAAGACGAUAGUGUACAAACGCCCGAGUGGAAAAUACAGAAUUAUCAAAGUUUUUUGUUUUUCCUCCCAAAGUUGAUAAAAAAAAAAAAGUCUGAUGGGUCGCGUAGAAUUUAAUUUUUUUUUAAAAGCAAUAGAAUUUGGGGAUCAGGUGCAUCCCAGAUAAUUGCAAAAAUCUGCUUCUGAACUUCCAUCAGGCCAGACCAAGGAAUGGAAACAGUUUAUGGGGUUGUUGGGGUUCGGGGUUUGUUUUUUUGUGUGUGUGUGUGUAGUUGCGACCGUCAGCCAAUUUCAGAAGCGGCCUCUGAUCUUGUAAUUAAAGAACAGAUUGAUUACAGAUAUUGUCAUUAAAUUGAAUCAUUGGGAUCAGUUCAGCACCUUCUUCUCUCUUGACAAAACUAAAAAGUGUCGGCCGCUGAUGUGUCUUCCGAGCUGAAAUUAUAUUCUGCCUGCAAUUUUUCUUAGAUCCAGGAAUUUUGGGGAAUUAUGCCAACUCCAGAAUAAACAGGCAGAGGGUUACAAAAACCGUAUGGCGAAGGAUAAAUGUAUUUAAUCUUCAAGGUGUUAAUGAUCUUGGCUUAUUUUUUUUCCAGCGGGCUGCAUUACUGCCAAUUUUAAAACUACUUCUUUUUGCAAUUUAAAAAUUAUGAAUCCCUUUGCAAUUUACAAAUUCUGAACUCUUUUGCAGUUUACAAAUUACAAACCCCUUUGAAAUUUAAAGAUAACAAACUUUUUCCAUUUUCAAAUUGCAAACCCUUAUGCAACUUACAAAUUUCAAACUCCUUUGAACGGCUGGACCUCAACUGUCCUCAGUAUUCAAAGAGAAUUUAACCUCAGGGAACCCUCUACUUACAAGCAUUCUUUUAGUGGUCACUCAGUGGGAACUUCACUGAAAAAUGUGACAUGACCGUUUUUUCACAUUUAACAACCGUUGCAACAUCUCCCCUGGUCACAUAGUCAAAAUUCAAAUGCUUGGCAACUGACUCAUAUUUAUGACGGUCUCAGUGUCCUAGGGUCACAUGAUCCCCUUUUGUGACCUUCUGACAAGCAGAGUCAAUGGGGAAGCCAAGUUCGCUUAAUAGCCGUGUGACUAAGUUAACUGCAGAGAUUCACUUAACGACUGUGGUAAGAAAGGUGGUAAAAUUGGGGGCAAAAACUCACUCAACAAUGGAAAUUUUGGGCUCCAUUGUGGUCAUAAAUCAAGGAUAA